AGAUAGUGAACAGUUGAGCUGCGCAGAGAGUUCAAUUCAGUCGAAGCUUGAGCGAGGUGAAGACAGUCGCGGCGAGACCCUGUUCGUGCUUUGAAUAUGCCCAAUUUUAUAUACUGUUGCAUACCAAAACCGUCGGGUCGAUGGUGAAAAGAAAGAAGACAUCAUCUGCUGUCGAAGAGCAUGAAAAUGGGAUGACAAUUGGGCUGAGAGACGGCAUCGGUGUCGAUGGCCCGAAUAAUUCGGGCAGAAAGCUUGAAGGUUGUGACGAGGAGGAGAGCGGAGAUCAGGGGAGCGAGGAGCGUAGUACAAAGAGAGACGAAGUGGAAAUUCUUAAUCCUUCAACUACGGGCUGCUCCAGUUCAGCACCGGUUAUUACCACCUCCGUAUCGAACCCAUCUGGACCUUGCUUGAGCCAACAGCCCCCGUCCUCGACAACACCCACCCCACCGAGUCACGACCAGCAUCAUUUUUUGAGAUCCAGCGUUCGACCCCCGAGCAAACGAAUCCGGAAGGAUUCCAUCGCCCCAACUAUCAAUGGUCAUAGCGGGGCAAAAUCGAAAGGGUCAGAGAAUGGUCCCUCUCAUCAAGUGUCGGCUGGUCAGUCCGGCUCCACGUCAGGCUCUAUGGGGCCCUCGGGUAAGGCGGCCCCUAGAGGCCAAGGGCCCGGGGUCAAGGAGGAGCCGGUGGGCAGCCAAAAGAGACCCCGGAGACAGUGGGAGUCCUGGAGUGCAGAGGACAAGAACAGCUUCUUCGAAGGGCUUUACGACCAUGGGAAGGACUUUGAGGCGAUCCAGACGAACAUAGCUUUGAAGCAUAAGAAGAAGGGGAAGCCAGCCAGCAUGGUGAAGAACAAAGAACAAGUCCGACACUUCUACUACCGCACCUGGCACAAGAUCUCCAAGCACAUCGACUUCGCCAACGUGUACUCCCGUGUGCUGAAGAAGUCUUCUCAGGAGCUAUAUGGUCUCAUCUGCUACGCUGAACUCCGGAAGAAGGUUGGAGGAUUGAUGGACGAUAAGAACGUGGCCAAGCUUAACGAGCUCAUCCAACAGGGGGCCACCACGGUGCGUUCUAAAGGCAGGAACCUGCGUAUUAAAGCUCCCAUGUGCCGUGCGCUCAAGAGGCUYUGUGACCCAGAUGGAGUGAGUGAUGAAGAGGACCAGAAGCCUGUGCGUCUACCUCUGAAGGUUGCCGUGGAGCUGCAGCCGCGUAGCAACCACUCCUGGGCCCGUGUCCAGAGUCUUGCCCAUAAUCCCCGCCUCAGGAUGGUGGUGGAGCUGCAUAGGAAGGUGUCCAGCCUGAUUGAGUUCCUGAAACAGAAGUGGGCCGUCCAGGACCAGCGGAUCCUGAAGAGCCUGCAGGAGCGCGAGGCGUUAGGGGGAACCCAGCAGCACAGUGGUAGCGGCAGCCCUGCUCUCCCCUGUAGAGCAGACAAGGAGGACCUGUUCCUAUACCCAGCUGAGACCAGCACCUUGACCCCCCUGCCCAGCGUAGCCCGUGUGGUCCACUCCAAGGCCUCCUGCACUGUCCACUGGCAGGAGAGUGGCAAGCCCCGGCCCGGCCCCAAGGAGCUGAUCCCCACCGCCCAGAUUCUGGGUAUCCAGGGAGCCCCGCUCCUCCUCCUCCCCCGUGGGGGCGUGGCCAAACCUGGACGUGGUGUUGGGGAUGCUCGACGUGUAGGGGGAGAGACCCCCAUAUCCACACCUGAAGGAGGAAUGUUGGGAGGGGGAGCAGGGCCAGAGCACAAGAAUCUGAACCAGAUAACAUKSRCWGGWYYYGWMGYMGMWGYWGGAGGCAGCACKKCAACCCCGGUGUCRMGUGGUCGGUCGGCCCAGCGGAUCUGUGAUGAGGGCUGGAGCUCGCGGGGGUCAGACAGCAACGUGACUCUGGCAGAGCUGUACCUGAUGCUGGGGAAACCUGGGAAACUGCAGCUAGAGUACGAGUGGCAGCCGGCUGCUGUUGCAGUCCCGGAGCUGGGGGACGAGGGGCUACAGGGACCAGGGCAGACAUGCCCACAGCUACAGUCACCACGCCCCCUGCCCCCGCCCUCCACCCACCGCGUCCUGCGCUGUCUGCUCCGGCUGGUGUCAUCAGAGGUCAACCCCAAACCUGCCCCAGAGCUGUGCUCCACAGCCACAUCUCCGGUAAAGCCAUCCCAGGAGGAACAGUCCCUCACCCCCCCAGGCAAGGCCCCGGCUGUGGGGGUACGGAGCCCCAACUGUGGACGACCGCAGCCCCUGGGGGUCCGAGCGACAAAGCUGAUGUUACCAAACACUGGAUCCUCCGGUCGUAACCUCCCGCGGUCUCUGCUGGUGUCUGGGGGGGACUCAGAUGGUGGGGUGUUUGCCGUUCCCACCACCCUGCCCCCCAACAGCUCCCGACACUCCCGCAUGUUCUCUCCCAACAAGGAGGCCGAGCUCGCCUUCCGACAACAGCUCGACUCCAUCAGCAUGCAGUCAGACAUUUUCCUGCCGAAACAAAGGAAAAACAGAAGCCGGCCACUUCGAAAGCCCUUAGUGGUCCAGAGAACACUGCUCCCCCGCACCACUGGAGACACUCCUCAACACGUCUGCUCCUUCUCCAUCCUCUCCAACUCAUCUGCCACAGGAACAGGCUCCUUCCGGCCAAUCCAGCCCCGUCUCUCUCCCUCCACCCGUCCCCUCCUCCCCAGAACUCCGCCCAUUACCUCUGGCCCUGGGAUGUCCAGUCAGCUCUCCAGUGCCAUUGACCUGGCAGCCAAAUCAGCAGGCAUCAUCCCAGGCAGCCCCUGUCGAGAGCUGGAGGCCCCCAGUCCAGACGGAAGGCCCCUCUCGACCUCUCACCCUGGAGUGGUGUAUGCUGGUCCUGGUCCUCCCCAGCCACAGCUCCUCCAGCAGGCCUCCUCUGAGGUUUUGCUGCAGAACGGCCUCCCCCCUCCGUCUCCAGGAGUAGCAGGUGACUCGCUCCUCUCCCCGCCCAGCGUGGCUUCUCUGCUGGACAUCUCUCUCCCAGGACCCCCAGAGGAAGCCAUGGCUCCUGGAGGGCCACAAACACACAUCAGUGACUCAAUCAUUGAGCUGGCCAUCAACUCAGCACACUACGGUGAUGAGGCAUCCCUCUCUCCUGCCAAGCUGAAUGGUAGUGAGUGCUCUAAGCUCCUACCCUGUACCUCAGUCAGCCCCUCCAGAGGCUGGAUCCCUUCCCCCAGCCACGACCCUCAGUGGUACCCCAACGACUCCACUGACUCUUCAUUUGGCUGCCUGCUAUCGAGCCUGGUGUCCCCUGAUAAGGGAAGACGAAGUUCCCUGACCCCCUCUGGCCCCUCCAGUGGGACAGCCCUCCUCGGACCCAGGUUUCUGGACUGCAACUCCCAUGAUUCCUUUCAGUCCCGCGGCCUGCCAGACGUAGCGGAGGUAGACACCCAGCUGGCCUGCAUGAUGAGUGAGAGCAGCGUGGAUUACAUCGCCCGCUUCAACGAUUUGGCACAGGAGCUGGCUGUCACAGAGCCGCACCUCACACCCUCAUAAAUUUGAAAUAAUCUGGGGCAGGSUUUAGGAUCUGUCUGUCAGUUGCCCCUCCCACUCCUUCAGAAGUGCAAGGAUGUAGGGGGUGGAGAGACACUCCUUCACCUAUAUAGUUUGUGAAAGAAAGUGCAAUAACCAAGGCCAUUGGCCUGAACAGAAGAAGCACUCAGAUCUACCUUGGCACAGUCCAACUGGAACAGGUUUAAACUCUUUCUGAUGGGUUCUGAAAUGGUUUCCUCUGGUUCUGAAGGCCUGUGGACCAGUUUUAACUGGUUCUGAUUGGUUUGGAAUCGAUUUCAACUGAUUCUGAUGGGUUCGGAAACAGUUUCAGAUAGUUCUGACUGAUUUCAACUGGUUCUUAUGGGUUCCAGCUGGCUUGUUUGUUUGGACCAUUCUGUCUGUUCUGCCUAGCGAGCCACCCGUUUACAAAACACAACCUCAUGUAAAGAAAAAAACAAUGCCAUAUAUGAACAAAAGACUGGGUCUGUCCUUGUCCUCUUGUCUCCCUCUUCCCUCUGAGAAAUAUCAAACCGAAGACAUUUGAAUGCAAAAUGUAAAUGUCAGACAAACUUGAAAAUAACUACUGAUGAACUUCUGAACUGCUGGUAGCGUGUCCUUCUCCGUCUUGUCAGUUUAAUACGUCCACAUGAACUAACACCACUUAAUAAUUUAAUCUGUUGAAACUGAACAAGCCAUAUGAGUGGAACUGAUAUGAAUUUGUAUCCCAGGCCAAGCAUACGUGUGUCUCUCCCUCCAUAUCAAUGCAAAAAAGUUUGACACUCCACUUGAACAUCUACUCCAACUCACCCAGCAACAUAUCUGUGUUAGUCUCUGUUUUUUCUUCUCAACCAAUGCUUUGAAACUACCUAAAACCUCAUUUCAGUUUUCUGUAGCAAAAUGUUUUGUAACGUUGCGCCCUACUGAAUGCAACCCGUGUGUGCUUUUGUUUAACACCACAACACCACAGCACUCUAUCCUAUGAUGCCUGGUUGGUUGUCAGUCGAGGGGUGUGUUUUAGAGGUCCCCAGCUGACUAAAGGAUCAAUCAUAUUAUGAGGGUUUUUAGACACAGAAAUAUGGUCACGCUKCAGGAUGACUAAAUUGGAGAUGUUGCAUCAACCAAUGUUUGUAUCAUCGACUAUGCAGUCCGGCAUCAGAUUACUACGCUCGAGUUCCUGCCUGACUACAUUGCAGCAAAUGCCAGAAAUGAUGAAGCUUGUUUCCAGGACUAACUGUCCAAAAUGGCACCCUAUUUCCUAUAUAGUGCACUGCUUUUGACCAGAGCCUAUAGGGCCAAGGUCAAAAGGAGUAUGCUAUGUAGGAAAUAGGUUGCCAAUUCGGACACACCCAAUGCCUAGAUUUCAGCUAAGGAUUUUGAUAUGAGUAAUCACAUUGACACAAUGUUCAAAUACUAAAUGUCCGAUUUUUAUUAAAUUUUUUAACACACUAAAAGAAAUGUUCAAGCUACAAAUGUGGAUUAUGUCUAAAGACUUCUAUAGCGGGUGUCUUUUAAAUUGGGGCAUGGAGUCCUUUCUCUGUGUGUAAAUUUAAUCUUUAACAAUUCCAGUAUUCACUGCGCUUUUGUAACAUAAUACUGUAAAUUAUUCUUAUUUGGACUAUUUAUUGUAAACCGGUUGAGAAAUUUUUGUUUUAAAAUGAGCUAUGUAAUAUUUUUGCAUUGUAAUUUCAGACAAAUACCAUAAUAUAUCAGCAGUAAUAUUGGAGUUUUUAACCAUGUUUAAUAAAAAAAACUAUUUAAAAAUUGG